AUGCGGCUCCUGUUCCUGGCGGUUCUGCGUCGGCACACGGGCAACGCCGUUACGGCCGAGCGCGUCAGGAGCCAUCUAGAAGCUGCAGGACACGUGUGCAUUCUGAAAGAUGCCUUUGACUUUGGAAGCCCAUCAGAAGUCGCAGACCUCAUCACAGCAGAGAACUUGGAGGCCGCUCUGGCUCUACAUCUCUAUAGAGGAGGCAGACUUUUGCAAGGUCAUGGAAUUCCUUUUGGAAUCAUCUUUGGUGGAACUGACUUAAAUGAAGAUGCUAACCAAGGAGAAAAAAACAAAGUGAUGGGGCAAGUUCUUCAGGAAGCCAGAUUUGCUGUCGCCUUCACAGCGUCAAUGAAAGAAAUGGCACAAAUGCAGUGGAUUGGGUGA